AUGGAGACCCUGGUGGACAUGGCUGCUUCCACUGCCCAGCUGUGGGCAGGCCUGGAGGGAGCAAAAGCCCCGCAAGGGGUACACGCAGGCAAUAUUGGAGAAUUACAGGCAUCCCCACCGCAGGUGAAAUGUGAGCCUCAGGAGGGGCUGCAGGAGCGCUGGGAAGCCCAGUGGCAGGCGUUCCUGCGGACGCUGCAGGCCCCGCACUCCAGGUGGGGGGAGGCGUCGGCGUCCGAGGAGCCCCGGCCCUGGGAUGACGCGAAGGCCUUCCUGGCCUCCUUCGAGCAGGUGGCGGCCGCCUGCCGGUGGCCCCGGGACAAGUGGGUGGCCCUCCUCCUGCCGGCCCUCAGCGGAGAGGCUGAGCGGGCCUUCCGCAGCCUCAGUGCCCGCGAGAGGGGCGACUAUGGCAAGGUGAAGGCGGCUGUCCUGGACAGGGAGGCCGCCCUGAGGGAGAGGCAGCGCCAGCACUUCCGGCAGCUCCGCUACGGGGACGCGGAAGGGCCGAGGGUCGUGUACGGCCAGCUGCGGGAGCUCUGCCGCCAGUGGCUGAAGAUCGAGAGGCACACGAAAGCCGAGAUCCUGGAGCUGCUGGUCCUGGAGCAGUUCCUGGCCGUCCUGCCCCGGGAGAUGCAGGGCUGGGUCAGGGCGCGGGGCCCGGAGUCGUGCGCACGGGCCGUGCUCCUGGCCGAGGAGUUCCUGGGGAAGCAGAGCGCGGCAAAGGAGGAAGGAGAGAGUCCGUGGGCUUUAGGGGUGACAGCGCCUGUGAAUCCUUCCAGGGGAGGCCAUCAGAUGCCACCCGAGGCCUGGCAAACCCAGCUAAGCACAGAGCCCAAGCGGGAGCGAGAUGACGAGCCAAGCACAUUGGGUAAAGAUGAGCAGCAUCUCUCGGGCAAGAUGUGA